AUGUCAGACGCCAAUGCCAAAGUGCUCAAAACAGAGCCUCUGAAAGAUAGCGACGCAAAAUGGACCAAGCUUAUCCUUACAACCUACUCAGACCCAUUAGGUAAACCCCGAACAUGGGAACACGCAGAGCGGCGAACAAGGCCGAAAGAUUCUGAUAUUGAUGGCGUGGGAAUCGUCGCGAUUUUGGAAAAGGCUACGGGAAAUGAGAUAGUCCUACAGAAACAGUACCGGCCUCCACUAGACAAAAUAGUUAUUGAGGUACCGGCUGGGCUUGUCGAUGCGGGGGAGUCUGCGGAGGAGGCUGCUGUUAGGGAGUUGAAGGAGGAAACCGGGUAUGUGGGAGUUGUGACUGAGAGCACUCCGAUAAUGUUCAAUGACCCCGGAUUCUGCAACACCAACCUUAGAAUGGUACACGUCACGGUGGAUAUGUCUCGUCCUGAAAACCAAAACCCGAAGCCGGAGCUAGAGGACAAUGAGUUCAUCGAGGUAUUUACGUUGAAGUUAGAGGAUCUUUGGGACGGCUGUAAGAGAUUGGAGAGCGAGGGAUAUGCGAUUGAUGCGAGAGUGGGCACAUUAGCUGAAGGUAUCGAGAUCGCUAGGCGGUGGAAGUUAUAG